CGUUACGUAACUUAAAACUACAUACCUUUCCGGAUCCUACCAUCAUGCAGGGAUUCAACAAAUACUAUCCACCUGACUACGAUGGCGAGAAGCAUGGUAGUCUGAACUCUUACAGAGGGAAACAUGCUCUUGGUGAUCGAGCUCGGAAAUUGGAUCAAGGGAUCCUUAUUACUCGCUUCGAGCUACCUUUCAACAUUUGGUGUGGAACAUGCAACAAUCAUAUUGGCAUGGGCGUCCGUUAUAACGCGGAAAAAAAGAAAAUUGGCAAUUACUACUCAACCCCCAUAUUUUCAUUUCGAUGUAAAUGUCACCUGUGCGACGGAUGGUUCGAGAUACAAACGGAUCCCAAGAAUACUAGAUAUGUCGUUGUUUCUGGAGCGAGGCAAAAAGAUGAAGAGUGGGAUCCGGAAGAGAAUGGCGGAUUUGCCGUGCAUGACACAGAUGGAAAUGCUGCGCCCGUAGAUCCCUUAGCCGCGCUUGAAAAGACCACUGAUGCACAAAUUCAUCAAACCAAAGUUCAGAUUCCACGUCUCGAGUCUUUGAUGGAUGUAUCAGACCGGUACAAUUCUGACCCAUACUCUUUAUCCCUCAAAGCCCGUAAACACUUCAGAGAGGAUAAGAAGAUAUGGAAAGAAAAGGAGAAAUCUGAUGUCCAAGUCAAGGAUCGAUAUGCAUUGCCGACAAACUUCAGUUUGGCUGAAGAAGACGGAGAAACCAUAAAGGAAGCUAGGGAGCAAUGGCGGAAGGGUAGGGAAGAGAUACUUCUUCGCAACAGUAAACGUCGAAAGCUUGCUGUCGAGACAUCCAUUGUCCCUAGCUCCUCUGGCUUGAGUUCGACGUCAUCUUCGGCCGUAGUCGAAUCCUUGCGUGCACGGGUUCUGAUAAAUACUGCUCGACAAUCUCGGACUUCUACUAAUUCUGCUUCUACUUUUGUGAACGGUAGAAAGUCUUUGGUACGCAAUAGGUGAAUAAGAUGCAAAUAUAUGCAGUUUGGGCCCCGUCGUCUUUAUUUUCAACAAUGUAAAUCAUA